GUUUUGGCGUGGAAAUCUCGCGAGGAGAUCGAUCCGAUCCGACACCGAGGAAGAGGACUGAGGAGGAAGCGAGUAGGAGACGAUGCUCUCGACGUACUCGUCGCCAUUUGUGCUCUCCUCCUCCUGUUGCUCUCCUCCCCAUCCUUUCCUCCUCGCCCCCGCAUACUCACCCCCAAGACCGCUUCCCGCGAUCCCCGACCCCGACGAGAUCGACGACCUCGCCCUCUUCCGCCGCGCCACCCUCGCCGCCGACGCCGGCUCCGGCGGCGGAGACGGCGGCGCCGUCGCCGCCUCCCUCCGGCGGCGGCCGGCGGCGCAGCCGAAGGUGGCCUUCCUCUUCCUGACGAACUCGGACCUGUCGUUCGCCCCGCUGUGGGAGCGCUUCUUCAGGGGCCACGAGCGCCUCUUCAACGUGUACGUCCACGCCGACCCCUCGUCCCGGCUCCUCCUCGCCCCCACGCCCUCGUUCCGCCGCCGCUUCAUCCCGGCCAAGGCCACCCAGCGCGCCUCCCCGACCCUCAUCUCCGCCGCGCGCCGCCUCCUCGCAGCCGCGCUCCUCGACGACCCCGCCAACGCCUUCUUCGCCCUCGUGUCCCAGCACUGCGUCCCCCUCCGCCCCUUCCCCUCCCUCUACCGCGCCCUCCUCUCCGACCCCCCCGCCGCCGCCGGCCGCCGCCGCCACCACCGCAGCUUCAUCGAGAUCCUCUCCGGCGAGCCCGGCCUCUGGGACCGCUACGUCGCCCGCGGCGACGCCGUCAUGCUCCCCGAGGUCCCCUUCCACCGCUUCCGCGUCGGCUCCCAGUUCUUCGUCCUCGCCCGCCGCCACGCCGUGCUCGUCGUCCGCGACCGCCGCCUCUGGAAGAAGUUCCGCCUCCCCUGCCUGCGCUCCAUGAAGGACUCCUGCUACCCCGAGGAGCACUACUUCCCCACCUUGCUCGACAUGCAGGACCCCCAGGGGUGCACGCGUUAUACUCUCACUAGAGUGAAUUGGACCGACAGCGUCGGCGGCCACCCCCAUACCUACCGCCCCUGGGAGAUCUCCGGCGAUCUCAUUCACGAGCUCAGGAGGUCGAAUUCGACCUACUCGUAUAUGUUCGCGCGGAAGUUCUCGCCCGACUGCCUCGACCCUCUUCUUGCGAUUGCCGAUUCCGUCAUCUUCCGGGAUUAGUUCGCCCCUCUCUCGGCUACUUUUGGUUGUAGAUUUUGUGGUGGGUAAUCUUGCCUAGACGAAUCAAUGAGGUUUUCUGAGGUGAGGAACUGGCACAAGCCUAUUCAUCUCUGCCCCUUAUGUUCGAUCAGCUGCGAUGAAUUUUCUUCUCUUUCAGAUCUAAAAAAGGUGGUUCUGUUUGGAGAGUAAGGAAAUCCCUGAUGAGUGUUGUUAUUAUGUGAGAUAAGUGAGUUUUUAGAGAGAGAGAGAGAGAGAGAGAGCCAAAAAGGGUAAAAGCUCUUAGGAAAAGCAGUAGGUGUGGGAAUGAACAUCCUAUGUAUAAGAUGAAGGCAAGCUAUCAAUACAUAAGGUGAUGUUUAUAGUUAAGUGAAGGGUACUUGUCAAUCUUCUUUAUUGUGGGUUGUGCUUUAAUACAUAUAAAAAUAAGGUAACCUUCAAUUAA